AUGGGGAUGAAGGAUGUCGACGAGAGGAUGAGAGCGCAACCACGUGACGUUUUAUUCAAAUUCACGCGGACAGAUGGACAGAUGGCAGAAUCACAUGCAUAUGGAAGCCCAUGCUGCAACCCCCCCAGUGACCCAUUCACAAAGUUUAUUGACGAUGACCUCAGCAGCGGUACUCUCGCAACUACGACGUACGCUAGCAGAGUGAGUAACCAUCUCACCGCUCUUCCUAACCGUGAACCUCCAAGACGCGACGUCAAGCGUGCACGGAUGGCACUCUUUUCCAGAUUCCUUGUUACUCCGCCUUCCCACAACCAUCUUCGGCAGCCUCGGUCUUUGCAAGCGACAAUCUCGCUUAUUGCCUUCCUAGCGGCUCUCAUACUUCGCACGAGAAUCGUAGGGUUACCUUUGGAAAUAGUUGCUAGCAUCCGGGAUCUCUUUCAACAUGCCUACACGAAGUCUCCGAGUGGAUACAAUCUCCUGAAAAAACAAUUGACACCGUCUGAACUCUCGAUGGUCCUACAGCAGCUCUAUGUUUACGAUGACUAUCAUUGCAUAGCAUUGGAUAGAGAAGAUACACAAGGUCACAGGAAGGUAAACGGACGGAGGAUAGAACCCAAAAAGAAACUCCUGGUACCCUACCAAAACCGCCUUCACCACGUUCCCAUACAUCCUACACCACAGAAACUUCUCAUGAAGAUGGAGCAGUACUUCACAAGCAUACCUGAAAGCUUAGUGGUCAUCCCAUCCUCUUCUUCAUCCCCCGAUACGGAUGCAAAAGUUCAACAGAAAUCGAAAGCCCUCUUUGACCCGACAUUCACCCACACACUCCUCACACUCCUACGCAUCGCAUUUCCGUCAUCCAUCGCUAGACCUAUCUGCACAGAACAUCUUCUGCUGUUGGCCCAUACGUCAUUUCUCGUUCUCCGGACAUAUCUCUCAGUAUUGGUUGCGAGACUAGACGGAAGAAUCGUCAGGGACUUGGUUAGCGCGAAUGGAUGGGGUUUCUUGAAGGGACUCGGCUUGUGGUUUGCUCUAGCUGUUCCAUCUACGAUUACGAAUGUCAUGAUCAAACAUCUACAAGGAGUAUUGGGUGUGAGGAUCCGAAGUCGCGUUGGAGGGUUCCUACAAGACUUGUAUCUGGCUCGUGAAGAAAGCUCUACAUCUCCCUCGAGUUUGAAUACGAAUUCGAGGGGUAUGCGCUACUACACCGUGCAGGGAAGACUGGAGGGCGUGGACCAAUAUCUCACGGCUGACGUGGAAGCUUGGGCUGAAGGUGUCAGCGGAUUAUACGGUAACCUCAUGAAACCUAUUCUCGACUUAGUUCUCUUUACCUCCCAACUAUCGAAAUCUCUUGGAGCAAGAGGCACUGUGUUGCUGUUCGGUACCUAUUGGUGUACUAUACGUAUCCUUCGUGCUGUUACUCCCGCAUUUGGCAAGCUGGCCUCAGUUGAAGCUAGGCUGGAGGGAGAGUACAGAGCUGGAAUGGGGAGGCUCGGUAGAGAAAGCGAGGAGGUUGCAUUUUACGACGGCGGUGCCCGAGAAAGAGACAUCCUUACCAAAGCAUAUUUAAGACUAAUCAAGCACGUCAACAACAUCUAUAAGAUCCGAAUUGCUUACGAAUGGACCGAAGACUAUGUUAUUAAGUACCUUUGGUCGGCUGCUGGAUACGGACUCAUCGCUGUUCCUCUACUUUUCACGCGAACCAUGGGGCCACCGGGUGACCCGAAACCCAAGCGCCAGACAGCCAUUGCCUCGCGAACUGAAUCAUACAUAUCGAAUAGGCGAUUACUCCUCUCACUUGCGGAUGCUGGAGGCAGACUGAUGUAUGCGUAUAAGGAUAUCUUGGAGCUUGCUGGUGUCACGGAGAGGUUGGGUUCAUUUGGGAAGGAGCUGUAUCUGUGCGGAAGAGCACCAAGCCCUCAACCGCGCAGCGAGGAGGCAGAUGAGGAGGAUUGCAUUCUUCUCCAGAAUGUGGAUAUCGGUGUUCCGGGGAGUGAGACUGUUCUGGUCAAGAACCUUUCAUUGAAGUUAAGACCAGGAGACCAUUUAAUGAUUACAGGAAGCAAUGGGGUUGGGAAGACGGCUAUCGCUCGCGUUUUGGGCGGGCUCUGGGGUCCGUUACAUACACCGGACCAGGAUGAUACAGUGGAAGAUGCGUCUGAAGCUCAAAUCGUUCGAGGUAUAGUGAAGGUGCCCAGCAGCGACCGAAUGGUUUUCGUCCCACAGAGGGCGUACCAUCCACAGGGAACGUUGUUGGAUCAGAUAAUCUACCCUGACACUUAUGUGGAAUUUAUGGAGAGAGGGAUACCUCUAGAACCUCAGCCAGCAAUUGCACAUCCGCCUACCUCGCCCGUUUCUUCGUCGACUAGUUUGCAAUCCGUCGAAGCCUCGACUGCUGCUACAGCCCAUCUGGUUUCCCCUGUCGGUACCACCUUCACUUCACCUUCGACUUCGAUACGCGCUAUACUUGAAUCCGUGUAUCUGGGGUACUUGCCUGAAAGAGAGGGCGGAUGGACGAGUGCGAGGAAAGAGUGGAGGGAUGUAUUGAGCGGUGGGGAGAAGCAGAGGGUUGGAGUAGGACGGAUGGUUUAUUCUCUGCUGAAAGUCGGUGAUAGGGAGAGAAGGAAUCAUAGGGGUUGGGCUGUUCUCGAUGAAUGUACAUCUGCCGUGUCUAAUGAUGUGGAAGGCCGGAUGUAUGAGUAUGCCAAGUCGUUGGGGAUUACGUUAAUUACGGUUUCGUUGAGACCGUCGUUGAUGAAGUACCAUAAACUGCUUCUUACUUUGAAUGGCCAAGGUGGUGCAGAGGACGAAACUGAAGGGAUUCUGGAUGGACAGGAAGACGUGACUGGUGUUCAAGGGCCCGGCGGCUGGGCCCUGACGCACUUGGAUUCUCCAUCCUAUCAGACGACUCAGAGGAAAGAGGAAGAGGUGCUCGAAGAACGUUUGAAAGAGGUUAAAUCAUGGGAGAAGCGUGUGAAGGAACUGGACGAAAUGUUAAGGGCGGUAUAGAAGAUUGAGACUGAUUGGAGGGUUCUGCGAAUUAGCAUGGGAUUCUAUAUCAUGGAGAUAUGUAUCGAUGAUCUGAAUCCAUGUAGAAAAGUGCCCAUUUCAACGUUAGAAUCCUAGAAUACUCCUUUUAAG